AUGUCGACGAAGAUCGACGUGACGUCGACGUUCCAAGGCGAAGGCGAGGACAUGAUCGCGGCGCUGAUCGCGGCAUCGCAGGUCAAGGGCGGGAACGGGAACGCGGGGAACGGGCGUGGGAACUUUGACGUGGACGGCGACGUGGUCAAGGAGAAGCGAUCGUUCGAGCGCGAGCUCGUGCCUUUUGAUUUCGGCGAUGGUGGCGACGCGACGACUCCUUCGGCGCACGACGUGCGCGUUGUGAAAGUGCCUCCGGCGCCGAGGGCGAACGAGACGAGCGCGACGUCCGGGAAGAAGAACGGGAAGAAGAAGGACAAGAGCGCCUCGGGUAACGGGGGCGCGAUCACCGAUCCACGCGCUCGAGCGAAUCAGGUGUGCGAACCGCAGAAAGCGACGUUGACACCUGAACAGCAAGCGGCGGUGCUCGCGGUGGGGCAAACGAAAGGAAAUGGCAAGAAGAAGUCGAAGGGAAACAACCCCGAGGCAAACGUGAAGAUCGCGACGAGCGGCGAGCGAUACGCGCAGUCGUCCUUUCAAGCCGCGCCGUCGGCGGAUCAGCUCCCGAUGCCAUCUUUCUUGCGAGAUAUGGCACCGAUCGAACAUCCGGUCGCGGUGAAGCCGGAACCGAGAACGAUGCAUCAAGUCGCCCCCCCGAGCGCGGCCAAUUUGAAGGACUUGCUCGGGAUGAAACCCGCGACGCCACCUCCGGCGCUCUUCACACCCCCGAGCGCACAGGCGAAGGGUCAAGCGCUGUUUAAUAACAUUUUGGACAGUGCGAACAAGCCCGCGCCGCGAACGGCUCAGGCUCCGCCGCCCAUGAUGGCUCCUCCGGGUCAUCCAAUAUUGGUGCCGCCGGGUUAUGACUCGGCCAUGAUGGGUCACCCAAUGGGCCCGCCGCCGCCGGUGCGUCAAAAACUCAACGCCAUCUUCGGCGUUCCAACGCAGCCACCGCAGGCAUAUCCGGUACCACCUCCGUACCCUGUCGCCCCAGAAACUUCUGGCGGAAACUUUCAGAUGCUUAUGAACAAGCUCAACACUGGUCGAGUGUGA